GAGGAGGAGGCGGCUGCGGCGGCGGCGGCGAGCAGUUGAUCAUUGUGAUGGUGGCAGGAGCAGCGGCGGCAGCGGCAGCCCAGCCGAGCGUUAGGGGCUGCUCUCCGCGCGGCGUUUUGCAAAGGACUUCACCGAUCUACUUUUGCAGUCGCCUCGGACUGUCCAUGUGUUUACUUCCCCCAGCCCAAGGAUUCGAAUCUAGGUUCCUGUGAAAUGCAACUGAGCAGCCAAAGUACUUGAGAACACGGGCGGCAUAAACACCAAAACUUUUUUGUGGAAGGAAAAUGCAAUAGCAAGCUUGCCGUUUUCUGAGCGGUGUGGAGUGUGUGUCGCGCGUGUCCGCACCGGAGGCAUAUGCUUGUGUGUGUACAUGGGGUGUGUUUUUCGGUACGUAGGGAGAAAAUGCUUGCCAACCACCGGAAAUCUCCUGGAAUUUAUUAGAAAAUAAUGGAUUAUAAAAAGAAGGCAGGCGAGGAGCGGAUCACCCCUUGAGUUGCAACCCGAUUUGCUGCUGGUUCAGUUUGUUGUGAUUCUUUUUGUUGAUAGGUGUCUGAUGGUAUUCCGAUAACAACCCUCCCUCCUUUUUCCCCUCGAGCUUUACAGUUUUUAAAAAAGGAAACAACAAAAAAAGCCACCCCAAAAUCUCUCCCCCCCUUUUUUUUCGCCCCGCCGGGAUCGCUGUUUCCAUCCCAUGUGCUUGCGUCUCCCCCGCGUUCCACUUAAACUAUUUUAAUCCUUGGACCCAAGGAGGAGGCCUGAUAGGGGGUGGUGGAUAAAAAAAAGUUCUUCCAAAAUAGUGUGCCUGGGAGCAGGAUGGGGGAUUUCGCAGCCCCCGCUGCUGCCGCGAAUGGCAGUAGUAUUUGCAUCAACAGUAGCCUGAACAGCAGCCUCGGAGGGGCCGGGAUCGGUGUGAAUAAUACUCCCAAUAGUACUCCCGCUGCUCCGAGUAGCAAUCACCCCGCUGUCGGCGGCGGUAGCGGCUCCGGGGGCCCCGCCGGUGGCUCGGCGGCAGUCCCCAAGCACAGCACCGUGGUCGAGCGGCUCCGCCAGCGCAUCGAGGGCUGCCGGCGGCACCACGUCAACUGUGAGAACAGGUAUCAGCAGGCUCAGGUGGAGCAGCUGGAGCUGGAGCGCCGGGACACCGUGAGCCUCUACCAGCGGACCCUGGAGCAGAGGGCUAAGAAAUCCGUGCGCGGUACCGGCGGCGGCAAGCAGCAGCACCCGAACAAACUCAGCAAGAUGCGGAGUCUGCCUCAGCGGAGCAGGAGGAAUCACACGCUGAUCAUGCUACAAGAGACUGUGAAAAGGAAGUUGGAAGGAGCCCGAUCACCACUUAAUGGAGACCAGCAGAAUGGUGCUUGUGAUGGGAGUUUUUCUCCACCUAGUAAGCGAAUCCGAAAGGACAUUCCUGCAGGGAUGGAUGCCAUCAACAAUUUGCCCAACAACAUGCCACUGUCUUCAGCUUCUCCUCUUCACCAACUUGACUUGAAGCCUUCUUUGCCUUUGCAGAAUAGUGCAAGUCACACUCCUGGGCUUCUAGAAGAUCUAGGUAAGAAUGGUAGACUCCCAGAGAUUAAACUUCCUGUAAAUGGUUGCAGUGACCUGGAGGAUAGCUUCACCAUUUUGCAGAGCAAGGACCUCAAACAAGAACCUCUAGAUGACCCUACUUGCAUAGACACAUCAGAAACAUCUCUUUCAAAUCAGAACAAGCUCUUCUCAGACAUUAACCUGAAUGAUCAGGAAUGGCAAGAACUAAUAGAUGAAUUAGCCAACACAGUUCCUGAAGAUGACAUACAGGACCUGUUCAAUGAAGACUUUGAAGAGAAGAAGGAGCCAGAAUUCUCCCGGCCAGCGGCUGAGACCCCUCUUUCCCAGGAGAGCACAAGUGUGAAGAGUGAACCCUCUCACUCGCCCUUUGCACACAUCUCCAUGGGAUCUCCCCAAGCGAGGCCUUCUUCUUCUGGUCCUCCCUUUUCUACUGUCUCCACAGCCACUAGUUUACCUUCUGUUGCCAGCACUCCAGCAGCUCCGAACCCAGCUGGCUCACCAGCAAACUGUGCUGUCCAGUCCCCUCAAACUCCAAACCAAGCCCACACUCCCGGCCAGGCUCAACCACGGCCUGGAAAUGGUUAUCUCCUGAAUCCAGCAGCAGUGACGGUGGCAGGUUCAGGGUCAGGCCCUGUGGCUGUACCCAACUCUGACAUGUCUCCAGCUGAGCAACUCAAGCAGAUGGCUGCACAGCAGCAGCAAAGGGCCAAACUCAUGCAACAGAAGCAGCAGCAACAGCAGCAGCAACCGCAGCAGCCGCAGCAGCAGCAACACUCAAAUCAGACUUCAAGUUGGUCUCCCUUGGGACCUCCAUCCAGUCCAUAUGGAGCAGCUUUUACUGGAGAAAAACCAAAUAGCCCAAUGAUGUACCCUCAAGCCUUUAACAACCAAAACCCCAUAGUGCCUCCAAUGGCAAACAACCUGCAGAAGACGACAAUGAAUAACUACCUCCCUCAGAAUCACAUGAAUAUGAUCAAUCAGCAGCCAAAUAACUUGGGGACAAACUCUUUAAACAAACAGCACAAUAUUCUUACUUAUGGCAACACUAAACCUCUGACUCAUUUUAAUGCAGACUUGAGUCAGAGAAUGACACCACCAAUGACCAACACCAACAAAAACCCCUUGAUGCCAUAUAUCCAGCAGCAGCAGCAGCCACCCCCACCACAGCUCCAGGCUCCCAGGGCACACCUAAGUGAGGACCAAAAACGCAUGCUUCUCAUGAAGCAGAAAGGAGUGAUGAAUCAGCCCAUGGCUUAUGCUGCACUUCCAUCCCAUAGUCAGGAGCAGCACUCAGUUGGACUUCCCCGGACCACAGGCCCCAUGCAGUCAUCAGUGCCCCCAGGCUCGGGCAGCCUGGUCUCAGGAGCCAGUCCCGCGGGUCCCGGCUUCCUGGGCAGCCAGCCCCAGGCAGCCAUCAUGAAGCAGAUGCUCAUCGAUCAGCGGGCCCAGCUGAUGGAGCAACAGAAGCAACAGUUCCUGCGGGAGCAGAGGCAGCAGCAGCAGCAGCAGCAGCAGCAGAUCCUGGCGGAGCAGCAGUUGCAGCAGUCACAUUUACCCCGGCAGCACCUCCAACAGCAGCGGAAUCCAUACCCAGUGCAGCAGGUCAAUCAGUUUCAAGGUUCCCCCCAGGAUAUAGCAGCUGUGAGAAGCCAAGCAGCCCUCCAGAGCAUGCGAACAUCACGGUUGAUGGCCCAGAAUGCAGGCAUGAUGGGAAUGGGGCCCUCUCAGAACCCAGGGACCAUGGCCUCAGCAGCAGCCCAGUCAGAGAUGGGACUGGCCCCGUAUAGCACCACGCCUACCAGCCAACCAGGAAUGUACAGCAUGAGCACAGGAAUGACCCAAAUGUUGCAGCACCCAAGCCAAAGUGGUAUGAGCAUCACACAUAAUCAAGCCCAGGGGCCGAGGCAGCCUGCCUCUGGGCAGGGGGUUGGAAUGGUGAGUGGUUUUGGUCAGAGCAUGCUGGUGAACUCGGCCAUGACCCAGCAGCACCAGCAGAUGAAAGGGCCUGUGGGCCAGGCCUUGCCAAGGCCCCAAGCCCCACCAAGGCUUCAGAGCAUCAUGGGAACCAUCCAGCAAGGAGCACAAAGCUGGCAGCAGAGGAGCCUACAGGGGAUGCCUGGCAGGACUAGUGGAGAAUUAGGGCCAUUCAACAAUGGCGCCAGCUACCCUCUUCAGGCUGGACAGCCAAGACUGGCCAAGCAACACUUCCCACAGGGACUGAGCCCAUCAGUUGUAGACACUAACACUGGCACAGUGAGAACCCUCAACCCAGCUGCCAUGGGUCGGCAGAUGAUGCCGUCCCUCCCAGGGCAGCAGGGCACCAGCCAGGCGAGGCCAAUGGUCAUGUCUGGCCUGAGCCAGGGUAUCCCUGGCAUGCCGGGGUUCAGCCAGCCCCCGGCACAGCAACAGAUGCCAAGUGGCAGCUUUGCUCCCAGCAGCCAGAGUCAAGCCUAUGACGGGAACGCCCCUCAGGAUCUGUCAUACAAUUACAGUGGCGAAGGGGCUGGGGCCUCCUUCCCUGGCCUUCAGGACAGUGCAGACCUGGUGGACUCCAUCAUCAAAGGUGGCCCAGGGGAUGAGUGGAUGCAGGAGCUUGAUGAGUUAUUUGGAAAUCCCUAGUCAAGAGAAGCCCUAGUAGCCACAACUUGAGUGGUUCAAGUUUAAAAGGUGAAAAAGAAACAGGAUGUUGGCCCAUCCUUGUUUUUUAUCUGUUUUUUUAACCCGUGUAAACUGAGCAAAACUGCAGCUGCCUGACAGUGGAAGAUCUGGGUGGCUGUUCCCAGCACGGCUCGGCCUUAUUUCACCUGAUCUUGGCACAGCAAUCAAGACGCCAUGCAGAUCCCUGCUGCAGAGCAGGAGACACACCGAGAGGUGGGGGUGGAGGCAAAGCCAGCCCAGGGCCCACUGCUCAGCCCUCUCUUGGAUCACCUGGCCCAGCAAGAGCUGCUCAAGCCAACAGGGACUGUUUUACAAGGAGAGGUAUCCAUCAGCCCCUCCUGCCCCAGGUCCAGAGGCUGCAGCUUUGGAGACAAAAAACGACAGAGCCUUGGGCCAAGAGAUGCCCACAGACUCGGCUGGUGAUUGUGCAGGCCAAGUGCUCAGAUGGGAAAUACACUGAACCCCGAGUGGAGAGAGAUGUGAGGCCUCAAGACAAGCCACUGUAUUUGGAGGAUAGGCAAGAAAAACAAUGAUAUAGUCACAGGGAGAUUACAAAGGAUCCUUUCAGCCUUUCUCCUGCCCCAGGGUGACCCUCAGGAAUUUAGAGACCUUGCUGCCAGCUGCUUCCCAAGGAGAGCCAGGUGAGCUUGGAGGAGGGUCCCUCAGCCAUCGUAAGGGGCAGCCCUCUGAUGGUGACCAGUGGCCGUUACUCCGGAUAGUUGGCUGGAGCCUCCCCAGGGCCCAGUCCCACACCAGCUCAUCCAAGCAGUUCCUACCUGCUUCUGGCAGCCACAGGGUGCAGACACCACUGCUGGACUCUGUCUCUGGUGGCCCGGCUGCCCCGCUGCCCUCCCCUGCUUUCAUUCCUCCUUGCCGCCACCCCAGCCUGCCCUUGCUUUCCUUACAGACUACCCAAGAAGAAAUGAAGAUUAUGUCUUUAGGGAGCCUGGAGAGAGUCAAAAUAAAUGGAAAAAAAAAAAAAAAAAAAAAAAAAAAAAAAGAA